AUGACAAUACCAACGCUACCCUUGCGAGCCCGCGCACACUUUGCCGGCGCCAAGCUCACGCUCGAGCACUUUGUGCUGCGCAGCAAGGCGCUCGGCCUCUACCGAGACUUUCUCCGUGCCACUCGAGACAUCCCGAAUCCAGAAGCGCGCUGGGAGACGAUCCAGUUCUUCCGCUCCGACUUUGACCGGUACAAGCACGAGGACAACCUGGACCGGAUCCGCGACCUCCUGACCCAGGGCACCAUCUUCCUCAAGCAGAUGCAGGGGCAAAUGACUCUGUCGGCGGCGUCUUCGGGGCCCGGCGCCAACAAGCUGCGCGGACUGAGGACGCCCAAGUAG